UCUAAUCAAUGUUAUCUGCGUUUUCUGCAUGGCUCUUGCUGUACAGUUUCAGAUAUAUGUUGGCACUUGAGAAUCAUUUAAUUAAUUAACUGUAGUAUAUUCAAGCUCCGUGAACUUCAUGGUAUACAUUUGGGGAUGCCGAACAUGUAACUGUUGCAUGCUUAUUCCGGUGAAUCUGUUGUUUGAGUAAAGAUUGCAGGCAGCUAGCACAUCGAUUCCAUGAGGGCAAGUGCGAAAUCUCUUGCGGAAACUGCAGCCAGACAGAUCAAGCCUGUCAAUGGACUGGCAAGGCUGAUGACGAUUACUACUCCCCAGAAGCAUGAGAAGGAGAUCAACUCUACUAAGUCAGCCCUCGCAAAAGAUGAAAACGCCGAGCCCCUCGUCGCUUUUAGCCGACCACCUCCUAUGCCACCGGUUCUAGGCCCCUUGAUUGCGCUCUCGCUCUUUCAAACUUCAUCUAGUGAUGAAGACAACAAAUGAGUCAACAGGGAGCUACCAUGGCUGAUCUUUCAGUUGGUAACUUUCGAGAGGCAAAGCCUUGUACAUAUUGCGAAAAUGUAGUGAUGUUGCUCCUGUAGUAGUCUAGUACCU